AGCUCCAAAAACAUGGUUUAGUGAUUUGAGUGAUCGUAGCAGGAAGCACCAGUGAUCCCUUCUGUGUGUCACCAUGGGGAAUACAGGAAGUGCCGGAAGAGAACGCCAGAAGUCCGGAGAUGCUUCCAUGUCUCCGAAAGAUGGACACUUCUUCGAAUUCGGAACUCGCCAUGGGAUGCAUGAAGGUGAACCCUACGUCCUUCGGCACAAACACGUGUCGCACGAUGUGCACUACCAGCGUCCAAGGGCGUCAACGUUGUCAUCAGGUCAGCAUGACUUAAUCCCGCAGGAGAAGAGACUUCCGACGAUGUUCAAGUGGGAUGGCGGCGGAAAGGAAGUCUAUAUUUCUGGGACGUUCACCAACUGGAAACCAAUUCCUAUGGUGAAAAGUCAUGGAGAUUUUGUGACUAUCGUCGAUCUCCCCGAAGGUCAACAUCAAUACAAGUUUCUUGUGGAUGGUGAAUGGAAGCACGACUCUCAUGAGCCCACUGCCGAUAAUGGCCUUGGAACCCAGAAUAACACGAUGAACGUCAAGAAAACAGAUUUCGAGGUCUUUGAAGCCCUUGCUAUCGACGGCGUUGCAACAAGUCACGAUAAUAAUGGCUCGGUUGGAUCACCAUCUGGUAAAUACGGUCAAGAUAUUCCGUUGCAUCAGCCAUGGGAAAAACCAGCAUCCCCGCCAAUUCUGCCUCCACACCUACUUCAAGUUAUCCUGAACAAAGAUACGCCGUUAUCCUGCGAACCAACUUUACUUCCGGAGCCCAACCACGUGAUGCUGAAUCAUCUUUACGCGUUAUCUAUUCGCGAUGGAGUCAUGGUGUUGUCGGCCACGCAUCGUUAUCGGAAGAAAUACGUCACGACCCUCCUGUAUAAACCCAUCUGAGAAGAAUCUGACUGUGUCUAAUGCUCGAUUGCAUCUCUUGAAUAUUGCUAAUGCUGUCAAUUAUUGAUGGAUAUUUCUUCCUUAGCAGUUUCGAAUGAGAGGGAGCGCGAGAGUUGAUUUCGAACGGUGACGGUCUUCAUUACUUUUGAUCGUGUCAGGAGGUUGAAUUUUGUAUUGAGUCGAGCUUGAUACUUUAGAUUGCUGCUUGAAUUCUCGAUCAGCCGUAAGAUCCUUUGCACGGAAGUAGUCACUUGUAAGGCUCCCUGUGUGAUGUACGUUACCAACGUUGUAAAAUUCCGGAACUUUUGCCGAGGAAUUUCUCAUUUCAUGUGCGUUGGUGAGACUUUCUUGAGUCCUUGCCACUUGCGGAACUCGGAGCAGCUUGUGUUCUCGAGGUCAGAGACAUUAUCCUCUUGCAAUGGAAAGCGGAAAUGGAUGUGGUGACGAGUUUUGAGCACCUUAUCCCCGUCAAUUGUUCCCUGUUCACAUUUUUAUUGCGUCAUCCUGGCUUUAUUCUGAACUGACUGUUUCCCUUCCUACAGGAGGACGGCGUGAUCCCGGCCAAAUAGUGUUGACUUGUGUUAGUCGCGGAUUUGAUUAGAUGUCUUCUGUUCUUGCUUCAGUCUCAUUUUCGAAUCCCUUUUACGAUGCAGUUUGUUAUCUCGAGUUGAAAAUAAUCUUGAAGUAGCUGAACUGUGCAAAUCUAACUGAAUAUCGACACGAACCGAGGUCCAGGGA